UCUUGCUUGUGGCAGCUUCCGCUGGGACACCUGUGGCCGCCCGGCGUUUAGAGGCUCGGUUUUGGAUCGUUGGAGGCGUAAUGACACCCUGCGAGAAAGCAUCGGGCGGUCUCCACGGAGGGGCCGCCACGACCUCAGGCAGCUUGUAGGGCGGAGGGAUCCUUGACGGCCCUGCAUUCGCGGGGCCUGCGUUUUCUUUCUUUGAAGUUCCCGUCCCCGCCGAGAGAAUGAGUUCGGGCUCCGUCACUUCUGUGGAGAAGCGGCAUCUCUGGAUGUACCUGCAGGCCCUGGGCUUCGAUCCGGGGCUGGCCACUGUAGCCUCCGGAAAGAUCGUGUCUCACACGCACCUCGGAGUGAACAUGUUUGACAAGCUGAACCGUGAUGCCUUUCAAAUAGUUUCGUAUUUUUUGUUUCAAACAUUGGAUGAGUCGCUUACCAAACAAGUUUUCAAAUUUUGUUGGCCUCCAUUUGACCAAAAAAGUGAUGCUGAAUUCCGUAAACAUUGCUGUGAGUGGUUAAAAACAAUUUCUGCAGAAUGUGGAGGUAGCUUUCCUCAAGUUGUUGGCUCACUGUUUCUUUCUCCUGGUGGUCCUAAGUUUAUUCAUUUGAUGUAUCAUUUUGCAAGAUUUGUUGCAGUAAAAUAUAUUGAAGCCAAUUCUAAAAAUUCUUCUCUUCAUUGUACUGAAACCUUUAAUGUAAAGCAACAUGACAUGUACAAGUGCCUUGCCAGAUACCAUGUAGCACAUAACAGAUUUUUACAAAUUUUACAAAGACAAAAUUAUGUUAUCCAAAAAUAUCAGGAAAAUGCACAAUUGGCAAUUAAGCAAGUACGAAAUUUGAGACCAGAAUGUAUGGGACUUCAAAACCAAAUGAAAAAAAUGGAACCCUAUGGUGACCAAAUUAAUAUACAUGAGAAAAUUCAAAAGGUUCGGUCUUUGUGGACUUCAGUGAAUGAAACAUUCAUGCUUUUAGAAAAAGAAAGAGAAGUUGUUAGUUCAGUUCUUGGUCUUGUUAACCAUUAUGCUUUAGAUGGAACUGAUGUUGUUAUUAAUAUUCCGAGGCUUUUACUUGACAAAAUUGAGAAACAAAUGGGUCAGCUGCACAUAGGAAAUGUUUAUGAGGCUGGAAAAUUGAACCUUUUAACCGUUAUUCAGUUGUUAAAUGAAGUCUUGAAAGUAAUGAAUUAUGAACGUCAUCAGGCUGAUCAAGAAAGAUUGACAAUAGACCUUCACUACCUUGAAAAAGAGACCAAAUUCCAGAGGGAAAGAUUGUCAGAUCUGAAGCAUAUGAGGUAUAAAAUAAAAGAAGACCUCACAGAUAUAAGGCAUUCUAUUACUGAAAAGGAAAGAGAAUGGCAUAAGAAAUGGGAAGAAAGCCUUGGCCUGUCUCCUUUCAGUCUAAUUAAAGGUUGCACUCCAGCUGUGAAUCUUCUACCACCUAUGUCUCCCCUUUCAUUUGAUCCUGUCUCAGAGGAAGUUUAUGAAAAGAGUAUUCUGUCUCAGUACCCCGCUUCACUUCCAGAUAUAAAUAAGCAACAUAAUCAAGAAAAUAGUUGCCGAAGAGACAUAGAACCCCUGGGAGCUGUGUGUGAUCUAGGCCGUAAUAGCACUGCCUCUUUCCUGUUGCAACCCAUUUCAUCACCCGAUAGAAGUAGUGCCAAGGAUAUAACAAUGAGAACUCCCAAAGAGAAAAACAAAACUCUUUCUAAGAAAAUACCAGAAUUUCAAUUGGAAGCCUCAUCUGUAUCAGACAGUACAAAGAAUAUAGAUAAUAGUUCAUCUGAAGGAUCUCUGCCAGUCAAAAAAAGUGAUCCAUUCCAAAAAGAACAAGAUCAUCUGGUAGAAGAGGUUGCCAGGAUAGUUUUAUCUGAUUCACCACAAGUCUCUGAAAUAAAGGAAAUAAAAUUAGAGGAAUUAAUUGACUCUCUAGCUUCUAACCCCUUCUUAACAAGGAAUCAAAUUCCCCGAACUCCAGAAAACCUGACAAAUGAAAUUAGGAGCUCAUGGAGAAAAGCUAUUGAAGUUGAAGAUAACAGAAGUACACAACCAAUUCAGAUGGAUAAUGAACUUAGAGAAGUAUUGUCAGACUCUUCACCUGCAUCAUGUAACCAAAGAGAAUUCAGCAUGGCCAUUUUUUUCUCCGAUUUUGACCAAUCUCGUUUUCCUGAAGAGGAAGUUGUUUCAGAUAGCCCCAGGAACAUGCCUCAAAAACAUGUGGGGACUAGUCCUAUAGGUGAACCCUCAACAGAUCAAUCAGAUUUAUUAAAUAAGAAAAUAAUUUGCAAACAAGAUCUAGAACAUGCAGCUGUACCACUCAAGCUCUCAGAAGCUAGCCAAACAGAAACAUUCUCCCCUAUUGUAGGCAGUAGAGAAACAGAGACAUUCUCCCCUUUUGUAGGCAGUAGAAUAGAUAGGAUGGAUGGGAGUAAAGGGGAACAUAUUAAAAUAUUAGAUCACUCACAAGCUUCUUAUAAUGAACCUUCUCUGCAUAAAACUAUGCCAUGGAACUCUUUUCAGAUAUCAAGCCAAAUCAAUUCUAAAAGUCUUAAGGAUAUGGACUAUAGCAUUUUAAAUGAAACUCUUCCGGAAGUUGGUCACCUAAGUCUUAAUAGCUCUAGGAGUUCUGAGCUCAAUUUUAAGCUAGAAGUAGAUAGUCCUGUGUUCAGUGGUAUUUUACCAGAUGAUAUGGGAAAAAGACAGAGUACUUCAGAAUCCGAUUUCAAUUUACAGGCUAUUCAAAGUAAUUUUGAGGCUCUGAAGAAAUCUCUUUCCAAAAUAAGAGAAGACUCUUACCUCUCUGAAACACUUGAAAGACACAAACUAGAAUUGUUCCCGAUAUCGAAAGACAUACAAGCAGAUAAUAGGCUCAACUCUUUGGCUACUCUAUCACCAGAAACUUUCUCUGGUGGAGCAAAAGUUGAGGACCACAGUACCAUUUAGUCCUGGACAACUUCUAAUUUAAAAGUUUUACAGAAAAUACUUCAAAUAAGAGCCCUGAUGCAAAAGGAUUUGACUUGAAGAAGUAACCAGUUAAUUUUAUAACGUACUUAUGUCCUAGAAGUUUCACACACUGUUUUCAAGGUCAAAAAAUCCUAACUACUGUUUAGCCUCUUGUAAUGUUUUUAGGUGAAAAAGUAGGUUUGGAUUUUUCUUUGGAGAGAGAUAUGUCGUUGAAUUGUCAAGUAUUUGGAAAGAACCAUCAAGUUAUAAAAAGCCAUUUUAAUUUUUUAAAUAAUCUGUAAGCCUUAAAUAAAUGACAGAGUGGUAGUUUAUUAUGAUCCAGUUAGUGAACAUGAGGAUAAGCGUUUUUGAUGUAUUUUCACAAAGUGGUUAACCUAGUAGUCACUGAAUAGCCUUAGAUCUUUCAUUUUAAAGAAAUAAACCACUUUUGCAUCUGUGUGGGACAUUCUAGUACUAACCAAAUAAGGUGAGAUAAACAGCACCUUAGGAAGGUCUAUACAGGCUUAAUGGUUAUUCAAGUCCAGUGAUCCUGAGAAAUGUUUGGUGGAAUAAAAUGCAUGUUAUAAGUGAAGGCUAGGGCAGAAUACAUUUAGAAAAGAAAAAGAUGGUAGUGGUGACUAACAGACCCUGUUAAACUAAAUACUUUAGUGUGUUGGUAUAGGGAUUUAUAUUUAGUCUAAUUUAGACUGAGUAAUUUAUAACAGAUUUAUAGUCUAAUUAAGACUGCAUUAAAUGUAGUUUAUUUUAGCUGGAAGGUAGCAAUUCUUGAGACCCAAAUAAAUGUAAAUCCUAUUUUUUUCCUCUUUUGAAUGAAUGUACUAAAAUGAUAGAAAAUACUCUUAAGGGCAUUUAACUCAAUGUAAAGAAAGUGCUGAACUUUCUCAUUUUUAUAAAGUUCAGAUAAUAGUAGUUGUUCUCUUUCCUUAGGCACUGUAAACUGGCAAGUCCACACCCUAAAUUUAAACUAUUUGAGUACUAUAUGAGACUAUUUGUAAAUAUGUUCUAUGUAAUGUCUAGAAUAAACAUUAAGUAUUAUAUACCAACUGUGUUUGGAAUUUCCUUUGCUAA